GCGGACGGCGACCGCGGGGGCGGGGUCAGAACUCGGGCGGCGGAUCCCAGCGCGGCUCCUUGGAUUCCGCCGCCGAGCAGCGCCCCGGCGGGGCCGAGCAGGAGCGGCACCAUGGAUUCCUUCAAGGUGGUGCUGGAGGGGCCAGCACCUUGGGGCUUCCGGCUGCAGGGGGGCAAGGACUUCAAUGUGCCCCUCUCCAUCUCUCGGCUCACUCCUGGAGGUAAAGCUGCGCAGGCUGGUGUGGCGGUGGGCGACUGGGUGCUGAGCAUAGAUGGAGAGAAUGCGGGGGGCCUCACACACAUUGAAGCUCAGAACAAGAUACGUGCCUGUGGGGAGCACCUCAGCUUGGGUCUUAGCAGGGCCCAGCCCGCGCAAAGCAAACCGCAGAAGGCCCUGGCCCCCGCCGCGGACCCCCCGCGGUACACCUUUGCACCCAGCGCCUCCCUCAACAAGACGGCCCGGCCCUUUGGGGCGCCCCCGCCCGCUGACAGCACCCCGCAGCAGAAUGGACAGCCGCUCCGACCGCUGGUCCCAGAUGCCAGCAAGCAGCGGCUGAUGGAGGACACGGAGGACUGGCGGCCGAGGCCUGGGACAGGCCAGUCCCGUUCUUUCCGCAUCCUUGCCCACCUCACGGGCACCGAGUUCAUGCAAGACCCGGAUGAGGAGCACCUGAAGAAAUCAAGCCAGGUGCCCAGGACAGAAGCCCCAGCCCCAGCCCCAGCCUCAGCUACACCCCAGGAACCCUGGCCUGGCCCUACCACCCCCAGCCCCACCAGCCGCCCACCCUGGGCUGUGGACCCUGCAUUUGCUGAACGCUACGCCCCGGACAAGACCAGCACGGUGCUGACCCGGCACACCCAGCCAGCCACACCCACGCCUCUGCAGAACCGCACCUCCAUUGUGCAGGCAGCUGCCGGAGGGGGCCCUGGAGGGGUCGGUGGCAGCAACGGCAAGACUCCCGUGUGCCACCAGUGCCACAAGGUCAUCCGGGGCCGCUACCUGGUGGCGCUGGGCCACGCGUACCACCCCGAGGAGUUCGUGUGCAGCCAGUGUGGGAAGGUCCUGGAAGAGGGUGGCUUCUUUGAGGAGAAGGGCGCUAUCUUCUGCCCGCCCUGCUAUGACGUGCGCUACGCACCCAGCUGUGCCAAGUGCAAGAAGAAGAUCACGGGCGAGAUCAUGCACGCCCUGAAGAUGACCUGGCACGUGCAUUGCUUCACCUGCGCGGCCUGCAAGACACCCAUUCGGAACAGGGCCUUCUACAUGGAGGAAGGGGCGCCCUACUGCGAGCGAGACUAUGAGAAGAUGUUUGGCACAAAAUGCCGAGGCUGUGACUUCAAGAUUGAUGCCGGGGACCGCUUCCUGGAGGCCCUGGGCUUCAGCUGGCACGAUACAUGCUUCGUGUGCGCGAUAUGUCAGAUCAACCUGGAAGGAAAGACUUUCUACUCCAAGAAGGACAAGCCCCUGUGCAAGAGUCACGCCUUCUCCCACGUGUGAGCCCCUCCCGCCCAUUGCUGCCAGCCAUGCCUGCCGGAGGGGCCCUGGUUCUGGAGUCAUUGCCCCAGAUUUCUGGGUAGGGCUAGCAAAAGUUGCCCCAACCCCGACUCCUGGCCUGAGCCUGGGGUUCCCUGGACCCUGCCCCACCCCCUUCACCUCCCCCCACCCCCCUUCACCACCACUGCACACUGGUGCUGGCCACACCGGCCCCUGUUCACAUCCAGUGCCACAAUAAAUCUGUAUCCAGCUG